UCGGUACUCGCCUGAGGCCUCUUGUAUGCGACCCCUCCAUCUUCCGUCUUCCCUCCUCCUCCUCUCCAUCCCGUAAACCGUGUCGCAACUCUACGGAAAUGUGCGGCUCCGCUUGCGGGGCAUCGCUCAAUCCAUCGCAUCAAAAUGAACUCGGCCGCUGAACAUCACUUCAAUAGACCCUCACCCUGCCCAAGCCAUUGGUCGAAUUCGGCAACCGCCCGAUGAUCCUGCAUCAGGUCGAGGCGCUGGCCGCUGCCGGUGUCAAGGACAUUGUGCUCGCCGUCAACUACAGACCGGAGGUCAUGAUCAAUGUGUUGCAGAAGUACGAGGAGCAAUACGGCGUCAAGAUUACCUUCUCCGUCGAGACUGAGCCAUUAGGCACCGCCGGACCCCUCAAGCUUGCCGAAGAGAUCCUCGGAAAGGAUGAUACUCCGUUCUUCGUCCUCAACUCGGACGUGAUCUGCGAGUACCCGUUUGAGGACCUAGCAGCAUUCCACAAGUCCCACGGACAGGAGGGUACCAUCGUCGUUACCAAAGUCGACGAGCCGUCAAAGUACGGAGUCGUGGUGCACAAGCCCGGACACGCAUCGCGCAUCGACCGCUUCGUUGAGAAGCCCGUGGAGUUCGUCGGAAACCGCAUCAAUGCCGGUAUCUACAUCCUGAACCCCAGCGUUCUCAACCGCAUCGAGCUCCGUCCUACCUCCAUCGAGCAGGAGACCUUCCCCGCUAUCGUCGAGGACGGCCAACUGCACUCGUUCGAUCUGGAAGGCUUCUGGAUGGACGUCGGACAGCCCAAGGAUUUCCUGACCGGAACCUGCCUGUACCUUUCCUCGCUGGCAAAGAAGAACUCGAAGCUGCUCACGCCAUCGUCUGAGUCGUACGUGCACGGUGGAAACGUCCUGAUCGACCCGUCGGCGAAGAUCGGCAAGAACUGCCGCAUCGGCCCCAACGUGACCAUCGGUCCCGGUGUCGUAGUCGGCGACGGUGUCAGGCUCCAGCGGUGCGUAGUCCUUCAGGGCUGCAGGAUCAAGGACCACGCGUGGAUCAAGAGCACCAUCGUCGGCUGGAACAGCACCGUCGGAAAGUGGGCGCGCCUCGAGAAUGUCACCGUCCUCGGCGACGACGUAACAGUGGCCGAUGAGGUGUACGUGAACGGAGGAUGCGUGCUGCCGCACAAGACCAUCAAGGCAAACAUUGAUAUCCCUGCCAUCAUCAUGUAGAAGAAAAAACAGGCGGUGAUUGUUUUUGGUUGGUUGCGGGGCGUUCUUUUUUCCUCCUUUCUUCGGUAAAAACAAAACAAACCUUUGUGACAGAAAUUUAAUUUUGAGGGGGCUAUUAUUUUUUUAUUUCGUCUUUUGUGUUUUUCGUGUUUGGGUUCGGUGGGCGGCGGGCGGGCGGUGGGGAAAGGGGUUGGAUGGUUGGUUAGGUCGGG